AUGCGCUCAUCACGAAACGACGCGGCAACUUGCAUCUUGCACCCGACCAUGAGCAGCGCGGCAAGGAGGAGGAGUCCGAGCACUACGCCGCCGCUGAGCCGCGGCAACGUACUGUGGUGGAGCCAGAAGUACGGCGGUGGCGGCGAGGACAUCAACACCCGCGACGCGGCGACACCUGGUCUUGAUGGCUUUUACCGCGCUGUCCGCGACAACCAGGUGGACCAGGUGCAGCGCUUCAUCGCUGAACACCCGGCGGCUGUGUUCACCAAGGUCUUCGCAUCCUGGUGGUGGCUAAUUGCUCUCAAUGGCGAGCAGCGGACCGCUCUGUACGUCGCCAGCUUGUUCGGGCGCCACCAAAUCGUCAAGCUCCUGCUGCGUCGCGGCGCCGACAAGGAUCUGUUGUGCGACGGCGUGCGUGCCAUCGACGUGGCGGGCCUCGCCUGCGCGGACCCUGUUGACCGCAUGAAGGUUCGGGCCCUACUGCAAGCGUGUCGAGCAGGCCAGUCUUUCAGGUACAGCCUCCAUGAAGAAGAGCUCAUUCCUGUGCUGCUCGGUCGCGAUGCAGGCGAUGCCUGUCCUCAAGUCAUCCUUCGUCUCGUCGCCACGGGCUCAUCUGCGGCCACCAGGGGCGCUGCUAGCGAAAUCCGGCGCGUCGAGGUCCACUUCAGCGAGCCCGUGGACGAGUUCACGCAGGAGGACGUCGUCUGCAGCAGCGGCUGCGUCGUUACGGCCUUCUCCAUGCUGAGGCGCGACCUGUACCUGGUCACCGUGCGGAUUGCCAGCGCUGGCGACGGCGGCAGCGUCAAGGUGCCGGCUGGGGUGACGCGCGGCCGUUGCGGGCGCAAUGCCGAAUCUAGACCGUUCCAACUGGGCCGCGAAUAG